AUGUGGCUUUCAGCAACGCCGGGCUGUGAUUGUGACUCAACAAUGGAUCCGCGUCUGCACAAACUAUUUUUGGAUCAUAAAAAGAAAGACGUUGAUGUCUCGGCGCUAACGAGAGAAUUAGAUUGGACCUCUCUUGCUGAUAGGGAAGAUGUUGAUGAUGAGAUCUUCCCAAGGAAAAAUACUCAGGCUUUUCGGGAUGAGCAAGAGUUGGUAAAAUCAGUUGCUUGUGGUUUAUUUUUCAAGAAUCCGAUGGAAAAAUUGUCUCACAAGAUCAAUCUCGGAACUCUGGACGUUAUUUUGGAAGUUCUAAAGGAUGACACAUGUGAUCCAAAGGUUUGGAGUCUGAUGAAGUAUGCGAUUGAUUGGUAUAACUUCAAUUUGGACGAAGUGUUGCAUGCAAUGGAGCCAUUUCUCACACUUCCCCAUUUGGACCGUGAAGAUAUGUGGUACGUCAGGAUAACGAUUGUCGAGAAGCUUCGAACUGAGGUUAAAAUCAAGGAAUUUAAGUUAGCAAAACAGUAUCUAUAUGAAUUUCCAAAUAAUCGUCACAUAUGGUUUCACCUGAACGGUGUUGCCAAUAUGCUUGGUGAUCAAGUGAUGCUUGAUGAAUUGAAAUUUGCUUGUGAUGUUAUCGAAUUGGACCCACAGAAUCCUUUUGCUUGGGAGCUCAGACAUAAUAUGAUUCAUAGCAUUGGAAUCAAUAGGGAAUGUCUUAUGAAAAAAGAAAUGCGUUUUCUGGAUCAAAUGAUGUCUGAGGACCCAUCGAACACGUUUGCAUGGUCUUACAGAAGUUGUAUUGCCUUGCUGAUGAGUAAUGAUAUAAGGGGGAAUAUGGAACCGUGGGAGACCAAACUCUCGAGCAUACAAGAAAUAUAUAGUAAAGAGCUGAAAUUUGUUAAGAGUAUUCUUUUGAAGUCUAUGGAGAACGGCGACGCCUGGGCAUACAGAAACGAGAUUGUUACUUGUGAAAAAGUAUGCAACAUUGAAGAGGAACUGGAUUUGGUGAAUAGAAUCGUACUCAACGAUCAAAACAACAAGUUUGCUUGGUCGUGGAGGCGAUAUGUUUUUGAGUGCACUAAGAAGAUGCCUACUAAUCGUGAAUUUGAUUUUGUGAAUCAUUUCUUAAUUGAGAAUGAUGAGAAGAAUCAGUGUGCUUGGAAUCAUAAACAGUGGCUUCUCUUGAAAUUUGGAAGAUGGGAAGAUGAAAUCAAAUUUUGUAGCGGAUUACUCUUGAAAGACGUAACAAACGAAUAUGCUUGGUGUCAGAAAAGGCUUGUGCUGGAAAACUGUGAGACAAGAGAAAGCUUCAAAAAAAUCAUGGGGGAAGAAGUUGAUUUUGCUAUAUGGUCGAUUCUUAAGGAGCCUGACAGUGAAUAUCCGUGGUUGUAUCUUAGAGAGCUUUACCAGAAAACAGAGUCUGUGUUCGAUGAUGCUGCUAUGGAUAGUGUUCUUGAGACGAUCCUGUCGAAUGAGGUAGAAUCAGAAUUUCCUUCGAAUGAAGUAAUUAUUAAUGCAUUGGGCACCAUAUUGAAUUUUAAGAGCAAGCAUUAUGAAGCUAGUCAAAGGAUUAGAGAGUUGAUAAGAGUCCUGUGUUGUCGGCUCUUGUGUCUUGAUGUGGAAGAUUAUGAUGCCAGUUCGGAGGCCGACAGAUUCUGGAAUGAUACAUCCCCACUUUUCCAAUUUAUGGAUCCAGAUUAUGACUCUGUGUGGGAAGAGCAAUUGAAGAUACUGGCUGCACCUAUAAGCUCAGCUUGA